UAAAUACUUUAUUAUUAGAUAUCAUAUCCAAAUAAAUAUGAAAUUGAAUAUUUGAAGUACAUAUUUAUGUUUCAAAUAUUUAUAUUGUAUAUUAAUUUAGACAUUCGGAUCGGUUUUUCGGAUAUUUUUUUGGAUUUUCGGGUGUUUUUGGGGUUUUGGAUUAUCUGUUCCGGUUCGGUUAAUAAUACUUCGGGUUCGGAUAUAUUUUGUAACAUCCUACAAGAUCUAUUGAGGUAUUUUUUACAUUUUGGAUCAAAUACAGAUUGAAUUUUUCGGUUCAGAUUCGAUUUGGAUUUUGGGUAUUUUAUGCCCAGCCAUAUACAAACUCAUCAAUUAUUGCAUUUUUUGCUUUAAAAUAUAUUUUACCUAGUAUAAAUUUCUCUAUGUGAGUUGUGAAAACCGACUAUUAUGCCAGUUCCAUACAAAUCAACAAAUUUAUGGAAAAAAUAUAGAGAACGAUAUAAUAUUUUCAUGUUUCCAACUGGUUAGAAAAAGAAAAUAAUUACUUUUCAUCUUUUAAAUGAUAUUUUUAUUGAAUUUGAAGUGUACAUAGUGUUUUUUUUUUUAAUAAUCCACAAUAAUUUUUGAUAUAUUUUAUUACCAUAUACACACCUAAGGGGGAGGAAUUGAAAAAAAAAAAAUCUAUAAAAUCCCUAGUCCGAUAACCUUUCCAUAAUUGUUUUGCUUAAUUAUAAUAAAAACAGAAAAAUAUUGAAAAUAAAAAUAUCAAAGAUAGAUACGAAUGUAAGGGAUUAGCGAUAGGGCUUAACGAUAUAAAACAACAUACUGUAUAUGGUUUUCCACCUCUCUUGCCCCAAAAAUAAAAGAUCACAUCAUCACCGAAAAUAAUCUAAAAUCAAAGAAACCAAAGAAGAAAAUGAUUCGGAUUCUUCAAUAUCUUUUCGUUUGAGCUUGUGUUGGUAUCUCUCUCUCUCCUCUUUUCACCAUUUCCCGACGAAUUUGAAUCUCUCAGAGCCAUUUUCCCUUCUUCUCGAAUCGUGCUUAUAGAAGCUCUACGCGACGUUUCCGCGAUUCGAACAGCGUAACCGAUUUCAUUUUCGAAUUCGCGCGAAUGGGUUUUUACUUUUAGAGUUACUGCUGGGUAGUCACUGCCGCGCGAUUUCUCCUGUUGGAUAAUUGAUUUUUAGAAAUUCAAAUUCACAUUAAGAAUCUGAGAUCCUGUUUUAUUAGUUUUAGUUUCGUUUUUGGGAGAGUGAUUUACUUCUGUGGGUUAUUUUUCUAAUUUCAGCGGGAAGUUAUUGUACUUGAUUAUUUUUGUGGACCUUUUCAACUAACUCUCUGGAUGUGGAAGAUAGCUGAUAAUAGCAUCUUACUGAGAAUCUUUCAAAGUCAUCAUCACCUUUGAGCUUAUUAUUACUACUACUACAAGUAGUGGUCCUGAUGGAGAAUAAUGAGGUUUUAGGGUCAAAAGGUUUGCUCAAGAAACACGAAUUCGUCAGGAUUCUCAUCCAGUGCCUGUACUCAUUAGGUUACAAGAACUCCGCUUCUUGUCUUGAACAAGAAUCCAACAUCUCCUGUAAAUCCUCUGACUUCGAGUUUCUUGAAAAGCAAGUUUUGACCGGGGACUGGGAUAGUUCCCUGGCCGUCCUCGACAGGGUUUUCGAUGAUUCGAGGAGGGACGACAGCAGGAGGAACACUGCUUUGUAUCUGGUGCUGAAGCAGUGUUUGUCUGAGUAUUUGAAACGAGGGGAGACUUCUUUGGCGUUGAGUAUGCUGCAGAAGCAAGCUCAGGUGUUCCGUGUGGGGAGAGAGAAGAUUCACAUGCUUGCUUUUGAUGUUAUUACUUCGAAGGAGAUGGAACCUGGUGAAGUUGAUACCGGUUUGGUUCAAGAUUUGAGGAGGAGGUUGUUGGCUGAGCUGGAGAAGCUGAUUCCUACGCCUGUUGUUAUUCCUGGGAGAAGGCUGGAGCAUUUGGUGGAGUCUGCUGUGAUGAACCAGAUUGAUACGUGUAUGUAUCAUAACUCAUGGGAUGCAGUGUCACUCUACGAGGAUCACCGUUGCGGUAGAGACCAAAUCCCUUCAGAAACUGUUCAGGUUUUGGUGGCUCACAAAAAUGAAGUGUGGUUUGUGCAAUUUUCUGAUAGUGGCAAGUAUCUGGCCACUGCAUCAAGCGAUUGUACAGCUAUCAUAUGGAAGGUACUGGAUGACAACGAAGUGGAGCUGAUGCACACGCUUCAGAGCCACCAAAAUCCAGUUUCUUUUGUCUCGUGGAGCCCCGAUGAUUCAAAACUGCUUACGUGCGGAAACGCUGAGGUUCUGAAGCUAUGGGAUGUUGAGACAGGUGUGUUGAGACACACAUUUGGAAACAACGAUAGCGUAUUCACUGUCAGCUCUUGCGCGUGGUUCCCUGACUCAACUCGGCUUGUCUGCGGCAGUUCUGACCCAGAGAGAGGGAUUGUAAUGUGGGAUACUGAUGGGAACGAGAUCAAAGCCUGGAGAGGAACUAGAAUUCCAAAGGUGGUGGAUUUGGCUGUGACGCCGGAUGGGGAGAGUAUGAUCACAGUGUUUUCGGAUAAAGAGAUCAGGAUCUUGAAUUUGGAGUCAUUAGUGGAACGUGUUGUCACUGAGGAACAGGCGAUUACUUCCCUUUCGGUUUCAGGUGAUGGUAAGUUCUUUAUAGUCAACUUGAGCAGCCAAGAGAUACAUCUUUGGGAUCUUGCUGGAGAGUGGAAACAACCAUUGAAGUUUACGGGUCACAGACAGAGCAAGUACGUGAUACGGUCAUGUUUUGGUGGGUUGGACAGUUCGUUCAUCGCCAGUGGAAGUGAGGACUCACAGGUGUACAUAUGGAAUGUGAAGAACAAGAAACCGCUUGAAGUGUUAUCAGGUCAUUCCAUGACUGUCAACUGUGUGAGCUGGAACCCGAGAAAUCCUCGGAUGCUGGCCUCUGCGAGUGACGACCAAACCAUCCGUAUUUGGGGACCUGGGAAACCCAACCGGUUAGAUAGCCAGAAACAGUAGUAGGUUUAAACCCGAGACAUAGUUCCAUAUUUGUGUGUACAGUUUCUGUUUUCUUUUUGUCGUUUGUUUCCGUAUUAGCUUUCCAGAACCAGAACACAUUCUUUGCUUUUUGAGUUUUGGAACGCUGUGGUUUUGAAUAACCGGAUUUUGAUACAUGAAUGAAACCAAACCGGUUUAGGGUGAAAAAAGCCGAAACUAAGCCUGGCAUUUUACA